GAACUAUGAGACGGAUGUGGAGGCAGGUGACCAAGUGGGGGAAAUAGAAGUGAGGAGGUCUGGCUUGCAGCCAGCAAGAGAUGACAAGCAAAAAACAAAAAAAAACAAAACAAAAGAAAGACAGGUUGAGAAACAUCUGGAGGGACGAUACUGGGAAGAAUUCAGCUUGCUGGGGUUCUGCUGAGUGGGGCUGAAACACUGUGUUCCCUCUGUGUGUCUGCGUUGCUGUUUGCCUUCCUGCUCGUCUCCCUCUCCGUCUCCCAGCCGGUCGUCUCUCCUCCUGGCUGGCGCUGCAAUGUGGCUGUCUCUGCAGUGAAAGUGCUGGCUGGCAGAUUCUCCUUGUGUGAACCCUGACUCUGCGCAGUGAGAGUUUGCCGCUCUGCUUCCGUCCCGUCCCACACUGACUCAGCUGUGAAGCCAGCCGCCGGGCCACAGGAGCAGCAGCGUUUUCCACAUGAGUGCAUUUCCAAGAGACUUCAAGACUAUAGCAGCACUUUUGGGGCGGGAUUCCAGCCUCCAAAAUUGAUCCUACACAUCUGGAAAACAGUAUCAAAGUGAGCUGGGGCCAGCUGCCAUGGAAGUUCGGUGGACUGGGGUCCAACGCUCCAACCUGGGUUCUCUAUAUACAGCCUUCACUUUGCUGCUUGGUGUUUGGUCUGCUCAGGGCCUGGAGAUGUCAGUGGGAAAAAUUCCCUUCCUGGAAGCAGUGAACGGCAGCACAGUCAUCCUGCCUUGCACAUAUGCCAGCUGCAUUGGCAUCAAAGACCUGUAUUUUAACUGGCAAUACAAUGAUAAUGGCACAAUGCAAAAGGUGUGUGAAGGUGUGAUACCAACAGAGGACGUGGAACCUGAUGUGAAAAUAUUCAGGGAGAGAAUGGAGUUUAUCGGAAAGAACCACAAAAACAACAUCUCCAUCUUGAUAUGGAACAUCACCUUCGAGGACGGAGGCCUGUACACGUGUUUUGGGCGCAAUCCCAAAGAGAAGAACAAGAACCACAGUACAGUUUUCCACCUCAUUGUUGUGAACGAAUUAAGAGUGGUGGACAACACGCUGACCAUCAUUAUAGCCUCAGCUGUUGGUGGAGCCAUUGCGUUCCUGAUGGCCUUUAUGUUGCUCAAGAACUUCACUCUCUUUGUUCUUGCCAAACUCGAGGAGAAAAAUAAGGAGUGCCUUGUCUCUUCUUCAGGGAUUGACAACACUGAGAACGGCCUCUCAGGAUCCAAAGCUGAUUCCAAACCGACGCCAAAAAAGAAAUGAGGCGGGGGGGGGGAGCAUGUAAAACGUAAACAUGACUCAGAUUUAGAUCAUAUUUGCUGAUAUUUCUGAAUGCAAAUGUGUUGAUGGGUCAUUGUGUCUAAUUUAAUAACUCUGCUAAUGAGGUUUGAAUGAGAAAACAUACAUUUGCACAUAAUGAUACCAAAUGUGCUAUAAGUGGUAACUGUGCAAAUGAUAUACAACUUAAGAUUGUACAAAUAUUGAAUGUAUGCAAAUUUUACACAAUUAUGUUGUGCGUUGCUUAAGUUUUGAUUGUAAUUAAUUCAAACUAACUUGUUUAGGACAAAUAACUAAGCAACAAAGCAUUACAGCAAGUAAUUCUAAAGUAAACCUGAAAUUAAUUCACAGAGGAAAAAUAAAAUCAGAUCUAACAGACCUUAUUUCAUAAUUUAAAAAAUGCCUGACGUGGGACAAGCACACAGGUGUAUUAAUGUCCCUUUUCCACUAAAUGAAGUCCGCUCUGAGAUUUUCCAUUUCCAUCAACACUUUGGAAUGUCACGGAAUCAUGACAACUUUGCAAAAACUCUUUUCCAAAGAUUUUUUAUGUUUUAAGAGUAGGAUACAAUGUUUUCAGACAAUCUGUGUAUUUUCCUUGCCAUUAUUAGAGGUUUCCGAAUCUCUAACAUCAGUUUCAGCCAUGGUUUAAAGCAGGGGUGCCCAAAGUCGGUCCUCGAGGGCCAGCAUCCUGCACAUUUUAGUUCUCUCCCGGGUGGUACCAACAAAAUUUUCAUCAUGUCAUUGUUCUUCUUAGGCCUUCUAACAAGCCAUCAUCAGAUCCAGGUGCGUUAAACCAGGGAUAGAACUCAAACGUGCAGGAUGCCGGCCCUUGAGGACCGACUUUGGGCACCCCUGGAAGAGUAAACAGCAUAAGUAUUUUUAGGAGCCUAUUAGCAGCAUUUGUUUUUUGUUUUUUUUACUGAGCACUGUGGACUAUCCAGCACACAAGCCUUUGCAUCCUGAACUUUAAUUAGGCACAGCACUCUGUGCACAUACCUGUGAUUAUACAGAAGUAUCAUGGACGCAAUCUGAUCCAAAAUCUGGGUUUUAUUGACUCAAUUUUUGAGUUUUUCGAAUGCAGCCCUCAUUAAUACACCUGUUUUUGUGCUACUAUUCAGUUCAAAUUUCUGCCACAGAGCCAUUUCUCUAACUUAAAACGUAUGGCAAUUAAGUUGACAUACAACAUAAUUGCUCCUUACUCUUCCUUAGGUAUAAGAACAAAUCUUACUUGUGUAAUAAGAUUUGACUGAAGUAAGAAUUUCCCUCCAGCAUCUACUGUCUCUUUAUUCAAAAACAGUUUGGAGAUGUUUUACACAUCUCCAAAUAUAUCCCCCUUUUUUGUGUGUGUUUUCUUUAAAUUAUUCAAAUAAGAACAAAAACAAAUGAUGUUUUUAUUUUGUCACUAAGAACUGGUGCAAGUUAUGAAAAUGUGUAGCUACACAAGUAAAAAGAAAAUCAAGUUUUACAGCAUUUAGCAUAGUUGCUCACUGUUUGUUUCCACCAAAUAUCCACUCAGGCUGUAGCUUCUGCCAUUUUAGGCAAUAAAAAAAUAUUUGACUGUUCUUCAUCCAAAGUCAAAACACAAGUCCUGAUUUAAUUGCUUUAGGCUGAGAAAAUUUUCUUCAAUUACAGCUGGAAUGAAUCCCCUUGAAAUAAACACCAAAUCUCACAUAUUAAUAAUCUGUAAACAGAUAAUUCUGUUGAUAUUUAGUAUUUUUCUACACAAAUUAGUCAUAUGUUUAGGUUUAGCAAAGGAAAGAGGGCUUUAACUAGUUUUAAUGCAAAUAUCGUAUUGUAGAAUUCAGCCUAGUUCUUCAUGCCAUAUUUCCUCCUUGCUUGAAAACAACACAUGUGCCUGUUAAAGCAUAAAAGCUUUAGUAUUUAGUAGGAUAGCUAAAUAUUGCAAAAAACAGUUUUUAAACCCUUAACUGUUACAAGACAAUAAGCUUUUACAUCAAAAUGAUAGACAAUCUCGCAAUAUCUAGAUAAAUGAAUACCAUUCAGAGGAUGCUGCUUUUCAAAUAAAUACCUAAUGCAAUAGGAGCAUGUGCAACAUGGGCCAGAUUUUAGAUCUAAUGCUUAAAUAUAAUAUAUAAAGAGAUAUAAAUAUACUUUAAGAAACACACCUUCUCAUACUAACACUGGUAGUGUCAGGGCUGAAAUUAAUUGCAAACCAAUUUCAUGCUAUGCUAAUGCCAUUAAGCUAACCCUGACAGGGCUAAGCAGUAGUUGCUGUAGAUUCGAGAGAAAACAGAGCACUUCCUUACACUGUAAAAUCUGCUGGGUUAAAGCCAACUCAAUAAAGGUUAUGCAGUCUGUCCUGGGUUGAAUAUGGACUGAUUCAGCCAUUGAGCAAAAAAAAAAGUUUUUCGUCUUGGGCCUGAAUUUUCCAACCAAAAACAUUGUUGCCAGGUCCCCAGUCCAGGAAUUAGCUCUUAAUCAUCCAAAAUGUUAUAAUUUCAUCACCUAAUUGAUAAUGUAUUUGGCAUAGUAGAAAAGGAAAUUGGCACUGUUAGGGUGAAAAAAGGAGAAAAAACAGUAAAAAUGUGUUUUUGAGUAUGAAUUAACUUAAAAUUUUUGGCCUGUUUUUAAUGUGAAACCCUCAACCCUUCUCCUUUAUUCAACACUACCCAAAAAUUGGUUGAAGAAAUCUUGUCUAUAUUGACAUUGUGACUGAUUGUUUAGUAAAAGUGUGGAUAUUGAACAUAGCUAUAGCUAAUGCUUAGCAGAUAAAAGGCUAAUGCAAUAUUUAUUGAAUGAAUGUGUUCUCUACUGUGAAAUAAAGACAAUAAUCUACACUACAGAUAUAGACAUUGUUUUAAAUUAUUCUUUUUUCCAUCUAACAAAUUCCUAUUUACUCUUGUGGAAGAAGUUCAGUGAACUCUAAUCAGAUUAUUCUAAAGGAUCUAUGGAGAAUGGAAGAGUUCCUAGUUUCUUCUUCGAUUUUCCUCCCUGAGUAAAAUGUUUUGACCCAAUUCUUGGCUAAAAUAACCCAAGUUCUGUUUAAGCAGCAAUAAUUCAGCAGCAUUUAGGGUUGUAGAAAGAUAACCCAGCAGUUUUUGUGUGUGUAGUGUUUGUUUUUUAAAAACACAAGUACUGAUUUUAUUAAAAUGCAUUUCUAAUUUAGAACAAAGACAGAAAGCACCCUUAAACUAAAUGUUAUUUGGUUUAUUGACGUUGCAAAUGUCAGAUAGUAAGCUGAGCAGAGAGCUCAUAGAUCAAGUCUAUUGCACAAGAAAAAUAGGAAGGUGAUGGUUUCAUUGUUGUAGCUUUUGUGAAACAGGAAAGUUUCCAACAGAGUUUUGCUUUAUGGCGAGAUCAAAACCUUGCAAAGUACAACUUUAAGUAGCAGUAAGAAGAUAAUGGCUUGAAAAAUACUUAUACCAACACAAGAAAUUGGAAGACGGGUGCAUGUAAACUAAAUAAGACAGUACUGUAAAAUGAAGUGUAAUUUUCUGAUGGUUUCCUCAUUGCUUUGUAAAAAAAAAAAACAAAUAAAAAAUUAAUGUGCCUCAAUCUUUAAAUACUAGCUUGAAGCAAUAUUUUAAUGGGGUACUCUGGGCUCUUUAAGAAGAUGUAUAUUUUUGUGUAUGUGUAAUCCAGAUUGGAUUUGUCUUUCACAUUGUUCAUGCAAGUGCAACGCAAAAAAAAGCAAAAACAAACAGCACAAAAAUGUGAGACCAUCAGAGGCGGAUCUUGCAUGUAUGGGGCCCUGGGCAAGCAACCACCCCCACUAUAACAACCUUUGUUGACUAGCAACGGGUUUGUUAGCUGCUAUGUUACAUUUUCUGCUUCCAUGAUAAACAAUACGUUGCAAGUUUGUGAAGAGGAAAUUUCUUCAAAUUGUUCACUUGGCGUAGCUAAAAAUAAAAACUCCAGCUAACUGAGGAAUAAAUGAUGGGAGGAUUUUUUUCAUUGGCACAAUUUGAUUGACAUCAUUUACAACCAUAACUCCUGAAAACCGACCAAAAUACAGGAAAUGAUCAGAGAUUAUGGUUUGGGGGGGAAAAGGCAGUGCAAAAAGCAGGUAACUUGGUCUCUAUUGUGUACACGCAUUUCAAAAACAAUAGAAAAAAAAAUGUUCAAGGUGCAACUGAAAGAUAAAAAAGUCAUACCAUAAUUUGUGAUGGUCCUCCUCCACUUCACUGUCUAACUCCGCCCUGGGUUACUGCCCAUGUGGCCCAUAUCUUAACCGCCACUGGAUGCCGUCAUCGUUGGCAACCAAAUCAUACACUAUUUAUUUAUUUCUCUCUUCUUCUUUUUUUAAAGCUGACUAAUCUUUGUUAUUUAGUUCUAGUUCACUAGUUCAUAAAUCUGUUCAGUUCUCUGUAAAAAGCAAAAAGUAAAAACAUUUUUUACAAAAAAAAAAAGUUAAGAUAGAGAGUGACUUGUUCUGCAGAUUCACUUCACCCAUCAGUAGGAGAAAUUGAUACAUUUAAAAAGUCCAGUUUUUACUGUGCCUGGGUUGUUCUGUGACUUUGGAAACAUUUAUGAAAGAUUUAGCCAAAUUAUUGGAUUUCAUAAUAAUAAUAAUAAUAAGUAAUUUAAAGUGGGUGAAGUUUCUCUGCUAACUUUAAGUAACUUUAACUGUGAGUUGUUGUUUUUUUUAAAUAUCCAUUUUUUAAAAAUUACGUUAUGACAAUAAUAUUAACAAUCUUUUAUUAAAGCCGUCAGUGUGUCAAAACAAAUGUGGCAUUGUAGGCCUUUAUAUGCAACUCUAUGCAAAUGACAGCAGCAGGACCUCUGAUAUACUGUGACAGCUUCGAUACAGCAGUAGUUACCUUUGGGAUGUGCGCUGUGGUGAUGACGUGCAGGCGGGAUCCAGAAACCCCUCAACUGGAACAGAAACUGAGAAGCCUGUGGACUCUGUUGCUUCUCUCCCACUGCUCUCUGCAUUUAAAUAAACAGCUGUAAUGCUAUGGCCUGCACUUAGAUGAAGUUACUGUUUCCAUCAUCUCUUACAUGCAUAUCA